ACAUUGAUGCUGGCAGCACGGACACUAGGACCUGGGAAGCACUGAGUGAUCAACAGGCGCUAGGACCCAGCGGAAGAUGGGCAACACCGGAAGUGACGCAUGUCAGCGUGCAACCGGAAGUGGGGAGAGCUGGAAAUUUUGGAGCGGGAUGGCGUGCACAAUAGAGAAGGUGUUGGCUGAUGCAAAGGUUUUGGUGGAGCGACUGAAGGAUCAUGACAAUGCAGCUGAAUCUCUCAUCGAACAGACAACAACACUCAACAAACAAGUGGAGAGUAUGAAGGAAGUUGGAACAGGAAUCCCAGGCAGGAACCAGGAAGAUUUUGCAGAGCUGCAGAAGCUGGCCAGUCACAAACCACAUGCCAUCCUCUCUCAAGAGAACACUCAGAUCCGGGAUCUGCAGCAGGAAAAUAAAGAGUUGUGGCUUUCACUGGAGGAGCACCGUUAUACCUUAGAACUCAUCAUGAGCAAAUACCGGAAGCAGAUGUUACGGCUCCUAACAUCAAAGCAAAAGCUGGACAGUGCACCCAUUACCAUUUUACACCAGGAGCAUUCCCAGGAGCUGCAAACCCAAGUAGAACAGAUAUGUAAAAUGGCCAGAGUAAUGAGGAAAUCUGUUCAAGUGGACGAUCAAGAGUAUUGUCAAAUUCAAGAGAAAAUAGCCCAGCUGGAGCUUGAAAAUAAAGAAUUACAAGAGCUAGCAUCAUUCAGUAAGGAAGCAUUACUUCCAGAGAAUCUUCACCAGCCACCCCAUUCUAGUAAAUAAUUUUAGCUCCAACAGUCUCUGCAUCUACUUCCUGCGCUGCCUUGCAAACACUCGAACAGUGCCUCCAGUUUACAGCUGGCUGUGUUCCUUUUGAUGUUCAGAAAACAUUGAAGUUUUAACCAGGGACCAGUGCAGCCCCAUGUUUCAUUGGUGCUUUUAUUGCCUUUGGGGAAUCUUUUGUGAACCAUAACAUUUUACAGGGGUGCUUUUCCCCACAACAGCCUCCUCCAAAAAAAUCCCAUUUCCUUUAGUCACAUGUUGACAUUUAUGUCCCACCAUCACUGUCGCCAGUUUUCAUGUGGUCUGUCUCUGCUAAGACGACCUGUCAAGCUAAGCCUAUGGACCUCAUGUCUCGUAAUCCAGGAACAGGCCAAGCACCUCUGACAUGACAGGUCCUGUUCUGCCUCAAUUAAUGGUACUCAUAUCCAGCAAGAUUGUGCCAGACCGUUAGUGCGUAAUGCAAAAGCCAGUUCAGAACUCAUUAGGAAAUUAUCAGUGGACCAAAAGCUCUGACUUCGAACUUCAGAUGUGAUCGGUAUUGGUGUUUGUGAGUUCAUGUAUUCCUCACUAUUUGCUCCUUGCUGAGUUAGCUGAUCUCAGCCAACAUUGCAUUACUGACCUUAAUGUUCCAACCUAAAAUAGGAUAAUUAGCCAAGAUUUUUGCAAUUCAUAGCUUGCUUUCUGCAAGAAAGAAUGUAUGGGCAUGGCCUGAGAGAGAUCAGACUCAGCUGUGAUGCCCAAUCCAUUAAAUAGUCUUCUGAUCCGAGACGCACAGGAAGAAUAGCUAUUUGGAUGCACUGAAAGACUGUUCCUACUAUCAUCAUGGUAAACACUUUUAAAAGUGAUGUGGGAGAAAGUUGAGGGCAGCAAAUACUUUAAAGACCUGAGUAGGUGUAUGGUUAAUAUGAAGGCGUAACCACAUCUGAACUGUAAUGUUCUUGAUCAUUCUGCUGUUCAUCACCUUGAAUGUACAAGAGUUUUUUGAACAGGACGGGGUAUAAAGUCCAACUGAUGUUCCUGCUCCAUGAAUCCUUCAAAUAAAAGCAAAAUACUGUGGAUGCUGAAACAUGCACCGAAGAUGCUGAAGGAAUUCAACAGGUCUGGUAGCACCUGUGGAGAGAGAAGUAGAGUUAAUGUUUCAAGAACACUAUGACUUUUCUUCAGAACUCAGAUACUGCCCAACCUGCUGAGUUUCUCCAGCGUUUUGUGUUUGUUCCAUGAAUCCUAAAGUUUUGUUCUGUUUUCUUCUUUUCCCGUCUUUCAUGCACCAUUUACACCACUGUGUGGGGCCAGAGGAAUUACACUCUUGAAUUCUGAUCAUUACUUUCUAUGCACUUAAGCUACUCUAAGAGAUUAGUUUGAAAAAAUGUUCCUAUUGAUUAAAAAUAAAGAUGGUCAGUGCAACAAUAUUUUAUCCAAAUUGAAAAGGGAGUUUCUCUGUUCUGGUACUGUGUGGAGAUAGCUUUGCCUUCCUGCAUAUGUCUGCAUGUUGACAGCCAGACUAAGAGGAGCCGAAGGUUUGAGUAAUGGGAGUUCUGCUCAUCUUGGAUUCAUCAUUUAUAGGACUGGAAAACAGACUCUGGAACCUUUAACUUGCUCAGCCAAGGCCUAUCAUUUGUAAUUGUCCAAAUAAAUUGUGAUUUUUUUUU